AUGAUUUGGUCUGAGAUUCAACGAUGGUUCGUUGGAGGUCGCAUGGGUCAGGGUAAAGAAGAAUCGACGGUUGAGAUGAGUGGAGAAGAUCAAGUGACGGCUGAGAUGGGGUUUAACAGGUCUGUUGAACUGACUAGAAAAUUCCAAUUCUGGUGGGCGCGCGCAGAAAGUCCGAAACAUUGUCCUCUCCGGAGCGCAAAGACCUUUAAGCCUCUCUCAUGUCUCAAUCUGAAAGGAGAAAGAAAGAGUGGGUUCCAUGAGAUUGAACUUAAAGUUCGCGAUUAUGAGUUGGAUCAGUUUGGUGUUGUGAACAAUGCUGUUUACGCAAACUACUGCCAACACGGUCGACACGAGACUCUUGAGAGUAUCGGUGUCAGCUGUGAAGAAGUAUCCCGUUCUGGUGAAGCCUUGGCAAUAUCCCAGUUCACAAUAAAGUUCAUUGCACCAUUACGUAGUGGAUGCAAGUUUGUGGUAAAAACAAAGAUACUUGGGACAACUGGGGGACGGAUUUACUUUGAACAGUACAUCUUUAAACUUCCAAAUGAAGAGCUUAUUUUGGAGGCAAAAGGAACGGCUGUGUGGCUUGAUAACAAAUACCGUCCUACUCGUAUCCCAUCUCAUGUAUGCGUGAAACUCGCUCAGUUCCAAUGCCAAAACGUCGGCUUUUGACUCUUUCCAGCGUUCUUUGUAAAAUUGUUGCUACGCAAGAAUGCGUACAUCUUACACAAUGUGUUUUUCUUCGUAAAAACAAAAUAUUUGUUUAUUGCAUGUUCUAAAGCGCGUGUAUCAUAUUAU